GUAAUAAUUUUGACAUUUGUCUAUUCGUAACGUUUCAUUCUACGUUAUUUAUUUUGCCAAUGUGCAUAAGAAAUUAGUUAUUUAAGCUUUGUUUUAUUUAUUUUAAAUUAAUAUAAAGAAAACAUUUUUUUAUAUUUUUUAACUUUAAUGGUAAUGAUCCCAUAGUUCUAAUUAAUAAAUCCAAAUAAUUGGCUUUUGGUUAUACCAUUUUCAAGACGAACACAUAGCGUAGAACGGAAUUCAUCUUUCUUUCGCGACUUGGACGAAUUGCUUAUUGAAUUUUUAGAUAUAUUAUAAUUAAAUGCUACAUUUUAAUCAAAUAAGUCGUAUUAAACACUGUAGUCAUUAGAAAAUGCACAAAUUAUUCUAUUAGUUUCCAAAAUUUUGAUAUUGUUCUUUUAGUUUUUGUAUUAAAUAAAACAAUAUAAACAUUGUAUCUCAUCGAUGGACUUUAGAAUCGAUAACCCAAUUUCGCCGUAGUUUUUAUUAAAAGUGGCUUUAGUAGAAGCAUAUAGAUGUUGGUAAACUUGUGUUGAUAGUGUUAAGGUGUCGUGCAGGUGGUGAUCAUGUUGUUCACACCCAUUUAUAUAGCAAUGACCUUUAUAAAAACUUGGCGCAUCAGAUCGUUCAGAGCGCGGCUCCUGGAGUUCCUGAGCGGGAAUACAAGUGUUGCGUUUUGCAAAGUGCCUGAGAAUGCUGCAGAAACACCUACCUUAAGUUCCAAACUAUGCACAAAUCCAAAGAAUGCAUACCUAUGUGACUUACUAGAUUACACAAAUGCAACCAGGAUAUGCAGUAUGAAGCCGGCUCAGUGUAUUGAGAUCAGUGACUGGGUGACAUGCGCGGGAGGCCUGCCACUGGGAUCUGAUGAGCAGUCUCCGCUUACGGAGUUUGAUGUUGAAGUGCUAUUGGAGUGUGAAAUGGAGCCCCAUGACUUGAGUGCAAACCAUUUGAUUACGCUGGACUCUAUGGGAUUACCAGUAGCAUGGAAAGCCAGCUCUCAUUUAGCCAUAGUACUCAAAACAAACAUUGAGAACCUCAGUGCAGCAGGAUUCCACUUUGUCGGCAGCGAUGAGUUUCUGAUAGAUCACAAGCUGCCAGUAGUAAGGAUACAGACUGUUAAGCUUACAGGGGAACCAAAUAAAGCUACUGAUGCCUCAAUGAGAAGUCUCAGAAGCGACAUUCAACAUGGUUUAAAGAACCCUCCUGGGGAAUUCCACUGGCCAGUCCAUGCAGCCCUGCUCCGAAAACUGUCCAAAGUAGUUGAUGUAAAGUCUGAAUGCAAUAGUGCCAUAGUAGAAAUGAAUGGUGGCAGCAGUAACAUGGUUGAUACCACAACAAUUAGUAAAAGGACUGUGUCUCUAGCAGAUGUAAGUGUCAACACCACAAAGUCCCUCACAGAAGAGGACGAAAAGGACACUUUAGCGGCGGAACCAAUUAAGACUCCUAAUAAAUCUCCAGAACGUAAAGCAAAGCCGCAAGAAGAGAUUGUUGUUGAAAAUGUAACAGUAGAAAUUCAACACAAUAUAACACCUAAGAAAUCUAGUCUCAAGUUAGAUCUCAAGAAAGGGACAAGUUGCCUUUCAGCUUCAUUACUGAACAUAUCGAGUCAAAUAAAAUCUGUGACCACACAUAAGAGAAUAGUGAGCUCAUCUGGGCCAAAGAAGUCGCAGCCUCAAAUAGAAAGCUGUCCAGCAAAAGAGGAUUCAAAGGGCUCUCCGUCUCACGGCACACUAAAGUCUGCCAAAACUUCCCGUCCAUUAGUCAAUACUAAGUCACCAAACAUAUUGAUAUAUUCAGAUAGUAUAGCAGCUAGAGAUAAUUUAGAAGCUUCUCUUAGAAAAGUCUUGGAUGCAGAUAGGUACACGAUAUACUCAGUGACGCGAGACGCGCUGGAGACUGGCGCGUGGCGCGGGCGCUGCGCGCUGGUGGCGGUGGCGGGCUGCGUGGGGCGUGCGGCGCCGCUGCUGCUGGCGCACCUGCUGGACGGCGGCCGCCUGCUGGCGCUGUGCUCCGACCUGCUGCACGCCGUGCUGCCCUACUACAAGACUGCCGAGGUCCGAGAGAAUGAAGUAGUACAGUUCACAUUUGACAAGUGGAAGUCGGUUAAGAUGAAGCACCACAUAUUCUGCUACCAGGCAUCGCCAGCUAAGAAACAGUUCUCCACAGAAAGCGAUAGACAACCGUCCAAGUACACGGGUCACCCGGGCCACGAGCUGGACAUCCAGGUGCUGGCCUCCGAGGAGACGUGGCGCACGCCGUCGCUGCUGCAGGCCACCGACCUCACCAACAGCGGUGUGGCGAUAUUCUCGCAGAUCCACCUGGAAGCCGACCCGAGCGACUACCUGGCGGAGGAAGGCGUGAAGAGCAACGAGGCGCGCCUGGAGAUCAUCCACAAGAUCCUCGGCGACAUCCUCGACCUGCACGUGCGCGACCCGCGCGACAUCACGCAGCCGGAGUACACCAGGGGCUUCUUCCUGGGGAACCAUGUGCAAAAGCUGGCGCUGGUGGAACGCUGGUGGUCGGGCGCGCAGCGGCUGCAGGCGCUGCCGGGGCUGACGCUGCAGUGGUGCCUGCGCGGCGACGCGGAGGCGCGCGCGCCCGCCGCCGACUUCCUGCCCGUGCACGUCUACGAGUGCCCCGACCACUUCUCCACUGUUGAAUACUUCGAUAACCUAUCGUCAAAAGAGUUGGGGCGACUAGUGAUCUACGCGGACAUGCUAACCUCCACGAACGCAGUGACGAACGGGCCUCCCCUGGCGCACGGCGUGGCGGCCGUGGCGCGCCGGCAGUCCACCGGCCAGGGCCGCGGCUCCAACGCCUGGAUCUCUGUGCCCGGACAGGCUUCCAUGUCGCUACAGGUGUGGUGUAAGGUGUCUCCCACACUGCCACUAGUGCAGCACGCGGCGGCGUUGGCUGCUGUGCGCGCCAUUCGCGCGCUGCCCGCGUACGAGCAUCUCGAUAUAAGAAUAAAAUGGCCGAAUGACAUCUACUACGGGCGCGAGGUGAAGAUCGGCGGCACCGCCACCACGGCCAACGUCACCGGCGAGAACGUUGUCUGUAACAUUGGCACCGGCGUAAACAUAUCUAACAUUGUCCCAACGACGUGCGUGAACCAAAUAAUCGAGCAGCACAACAAACAGCACGGCACAACCCUCGCUCCGAUGACGAUAGAAAAGUUCCUAGCGCGGUACUGCUCGCAGUUAGAAAGAAUACUGGAGUACAUCGACUCGGACGGCGGCGUGGACGCGUUCCGAGAGCAGUACUAUCAAUACUGGCUGCACGACAACGAGAAGAUCCAAGUCCGUCGCUCAGGCGAGUCGUCCCCGAUCCCCGGCACGGUGGUGGGCGUGGACGAGGCGGGCUGGCUGCGCGUGCUCACGGCCGCCGGCGACGUCACCGUGGCGCCCGACGGCAACACCUUCGACCUCAUGACCGGUCUAGUGGCGCCCAGGCUGUGAGCUAUUCAUACUUUUAUAUUAGAAGGACGAUAAAAUAUACAGUAUGUCAUAGAGAGUUCACGUCCAGUUCGGAUUGUGGUCUGGGAAGAUAGCGGAUUUCAUAUGCCUCCUGGUGGUUUGAAGAAUUUUAGGGUUGUAGUGCUCUUUCGCUCCUCAUAAUUAACAAAUAUAGAAGAGGAAGCUAAUUACAUUUAACACCUGAAAAUACUAUUUAUGAUAAGUACCUUCUAAAACUACUUGCCACUGGGUGUAUGAAUUUGUGAUAGCUAUUUGCAUAGAUAGUUGUUACCUGCCGCUUAGAUCAGCAUAUUGAAAGAAAUGAAAAUGUCGGUGUUGGUAGUAAAGAAUUAAGAGGGAACAAAUUCUAAUUAUGCUCUCUUUUGAAAGAAUGAGGAGUGAAAACUACGCGGUGAAUGGGAAACGGUGAUAAACUAGGAAUUGUUUAUAAGGAUCUAAACUAAAUAGACGCCAGAGUGUAGUGGGAAUGAAUAAACGCUAGCGCACAGCGUGACUGUUCCAUUGGUUGUGGUUGGUGGUAGAAUCGUAAAUCUUAUGUCGUAAGCUAUAUAUAUUAUUAGGGUUUUUAUUUAAUAAUAAAAUACUCGAAUAUAAUUAAACCAUCAUAAUCGUGUAAAUAUACGCGUUAUAUCUAGAUAGAACAGCCGUAACACUGCCAGUUCUACUAUAACUAGUAUCUUGUAGGUAAAUCAAAUAUUGAAAUCCUGUUGUAUUUUAGAAUUUCGACUUGUUCUUGUAUAAUAUCGUCGUUGCAACUUGCAAUAAUACUUAUUUAUAAAUAUAAAAAAAAUUAUGGGAAUAUAAAUAAUAUUAAUGACGGUCAAUUAGUAUAAGUUUGAUGGAGGCGGAAUCUCAUUGCAAUAGAAUGUAUAUAUUGAUAUAAAUAUAUAAUUUAGACAAUCCAGUGUUCAAAAAACAAUAUAUGUAUGUAUGAUAUGUUAUUGAAGAGUGUGGCGUUCAUGAGUAAAACUGUUUACUUGAAAUAAAUGCCAGUAUUAAAUAAUAAGUGUUUACGUUUUUAAUAAAUGGAUACUUGCCUUUUUAAAGUAAGAAGACGAAACCAGUGUAAGUGAUCGGCGAUUAGUUGCUUUACUGCAUAUAGAAAAUCGUAUUUUGUAAAGUCACACUCUACUAGUCAACUCUUUAAGCUUAGAGAUAGAAAGAGCUAUUUUACUAGAAAGAGGCAAUAUUCAAAGUUGUGAUAAAUUAAACUUGAACACCAGGAUACAGAUGCAUAGGCGCCUUAGGUAGAUAGUUCAAAAAUAGACACUAUUAGUAACUAUACAAGCUAGCCAGUAUCGCAGUCCUAUACAUUGCCUAAAUGUAGGUACUGCAGUGGUAGUCGCGUAACAUAGAGUAGAGAACUAGUUAUAUACAUUCGAGGUAAAUUAAUUUAUUUUUCUUUUACCCACUAAUUUUGGUCGUUGUUUUAAUAUUUAGUAUUCGUAGUGAAGCCAUAGUUUUAUUUUAUCUAAUUCUAUCUUAGGCGACUUCACUUACACCUAGUAAUGCCACUAUUAACUCACUCAAUGAAGCCUACCUCAACGGAAAAAACUAGUGUAUAAGCGAAUUUUGGCAUAGUUGUAGGGAAUGGUGUUCUAAUCCACAUACUCGAAGUACUGAGGGGUGGGGGUGGAGCUAACGGGUGGAGGGGGAUGCAAAGGUACCUUUUUUUGUUUUUCGCGAAUAGCUCUUAAACUGUGGCACAUAGCAAAAAAUGGUCUGAGAUACAAGCAAUCUUCAUAAAAUUCUCUACAAAAAAGGUAUUCACACUUAUUAUGUGGGAUCAAUAGUUCAUGAAAUAUGGAGGGGACAAAAUGGAAAAUAAAAAAAUAAACACACUUAUUUAUAAUAUAUUUAUUUAUUCUAAUUAUUUUCUAUCUCUAAAAUACUCUCAUCAUCAUCAUCCCCCUCCACCCGGUAUCUCCUCCCCCCCCCCCCCAGUACUUUGAGUAUGUGGAUUAAGAUUUAAGACACCAUUCCCUACAACUAUGCCAAAAUUCGCUUAUACACGAGUUAUUUCCCCUGAUAGGCAGUUAAAAGUGUCGUUGGGCGUGCUAUAUCCAGGAAUUGGAUUAUCCUACCGAAGAGAAUGGAUAUCGAGGAUUGUGGUCAAAGUAAAAUUUUUAGUCAUAGUUCAUUUACUACCCUCUCAACACAGGAUUAAAACUUAUAUUUAUAACCUACGUUUUGAGAUUUUGACUCAUGUCCUAAAAAGUGUCAACAUCUAACCAACUAUCGACCAAAGGUGUGACGUCAUUCACGUCACGUCAUCUAAAUGGUUUCUGAGGUACAGAUUUCUAUUAGAAUUUAUUUAUCUUAUACUUAAACAAAGGAUACUAUAGACUAGACAGCCAAAUAAUAAUACCACUACCGAACGAGAUGGUCACAUACAAAUUAUAAUAAGAGUGACAGAGAGCAAAAUGUUA